GGCAAUUCUCCCAUGGCCUCCCAACAGGCUAAUGUUAUAAAGAUCGACUGUAGUCUGCUGUUGGUGGCUUUGAUGUGAAGCUUAGACAGUACGACCUAGGUGAUAUCCUCUCACAUUGAACUCAGAAAUAGCCUCGCCGAGAAUACUAGCAGCUCAAUUUCGUUAGCGUUGACGUUCAUCUGCCAUGAUGACCUCGUUUGAAGAGAGAGUAAAUUUGCUCCGUCAGUCGUCUGAGAAUGGCAGGAAGCCCUUACCCCGCGUCACACUAGGGGCGGUCAAUAGAGAUGCCUCCUUGCAGUACACCAAGGCAUUCGGAGACGAAUCCGCCGACUCUACUGAUACUAACGCCGUGCAUUGGGUGGCUUCUUGUACCAAGUUGGUGACCACCGUUGCAGUAAUGCAGUGUGUCGAGCGCGGCCUACUAGAUCUAGAUGCAGACAUCGCCAAUGUGUUACCGGAGUGGAAAAGUCCUCGGAUCUUAACGGGCUUCGACGAGAACGAUAAUCCUAUCUUCCGGCCAGCUACAAAACCUGUUACCAUACGGCGCAUGUUGACUCACUCCAGUGGGAUAGCGUACUUCUUCAUGGAUCCUCUUCUGACACGCUAUUAUGAGCUGCAGGGAAAUCCACCUGUGCUCGAAACAUUUCACAAAUUUCAAUUCUUACGUUUCGAACCGGGUGAACGAUGGAUGUAUUCACCUGGUGUCGACUGGGCAGGAGAAGCGGUUGAGCGAGUCACCUCUAUGAAGCUGGGCGAGUACCUGCAGCGCCAUGUUUUUGACCUUGUUUCCGUCAAGGACGCGACGUUCCAUCUCGACCAGAGAGAAGACCUCCGGGCCCGCAAGGUCAAAGCUUGGAUACGAACGGAUCACGGCCUGGAAGAAGCGGAGAGUCCCAUCUUCCUCGACCCCAUCGUAAAAGACAUAGGAGGAGGUGGCCUAUACGCAACCGUGGAUGAAAUGCUGAAGAUUUGUCGUGGCAUACUUACGGCCGAGUUGCUGCGUCCGGAGACUGUUCAGGAAAUGUUCCAACCCCAGCUAGAGAGUGUUCGCGGUCUCGACCAGCCGGACGAGUAUUCAUUGGCGUCUCGCAAUGCCAUAUGGAAUGCUGUUCCAACUGACAUACCAGUGGACUUUGGGAUCGGUGGUCUGCUAAAUAGAGCUAAGGUCCCACAGGGUCGAGAAGCACAUUCGCUCUCCUGGUCCGGAAAGCCAAAUUGUUACUGGUGGAUCGACAUUAAGAAAGGGGUCGCUGGCAUAUACCUCUCUCAGCUUUUACCGACCGGGGAUCAGAGUGCAAUUGAGCUGCUGACUGAGUUCGAAAGAUGGGUUUACUCGCGUUUAGAUAACCUGGAUUCGACGGCAAAGUAGAAAGCGGAUUUCUUCGGCCGAUACAAGCAUCACGCUCCUAGACUCAUUCUUACUCAUUCCCAAACAUACCAAAUAUUUGGAGGGCAACUCUUCCUAGGAAUUUCACCCUGUCAGG